AUGUAGAAGCAAUAAUAAGAGGAAUUAAAAAAGACCGAACUAUUUGCAGGAAAGUUUUUCUGUUAGUAUUAAAGUAAUGGAAAUCGGAUAGGGAAAUAAGAUAAAUUAAAAGUGAAAAUAAAAAUUUUUGAUUAGAAUAAAAAAAUAUCAUAAUUGAAGAAAAAAUUGUAUGUUGUUAGCAGUAACUUAAAUCCUAAUGAUUAAGAGAGGAUUGUUUGUAGAGUAAGAAAGGAAAAAGAAUAAAUUAAAAAAGUAUAUAAUAAUCAUGGUAAAAUUUUACACCUAUAUGAUGAAAUAUGGUUUUUUUUAUUAAAUGCUGAUUAUGUGAAAUUAGUUGUAAAAAUAAUGAAAUUGAAUGAAUGUAUGCCUUAAAUUGCUGAAAUCUCAGUUUAUAUUACAUAAUUAGCUAUAGAUGAUGAUUACGAAUUGAAGAUAGCUAGAUAAAAUAAGACCACAGAAUAAGAAAAAAUUUUAGAAGAAAAUUAAUUGGAGUUGUUAAAAUAUGCAAGACUGUCUAUGUUAUUGAUGUUUGACUUUAUGAAUGUAUCAAUAGAAGAAAAUUGUUUAAUUAAACAGAGUAAAUAAUUUAAGAUUUUUUUUGCUCAAUAUUGCUACUUUUUUUAGAAAUCUAAAAAAAAUUUUUAAGUGAGGAGUUUAUUUAAAUCAUAUCACAGGCCUAUUAUAGAGAAACGAUAACAACAAUAAUUUGAGAAUUAUCUUAAUAAUAAGAGAUUUAGUAAUAAUUUAUUUGAAAAAUCUUUGAUCUAAAUCUUAGCACUUUAUUAAACAGAUUCUUUGAGUUAUAUUUCUCAAUAUAAAAAGCAAUUUUCUCCAUUUUUGGAAGAGAUUAAUCCAAUUAAUCAUGUAUUAUUUUAAAGAAUAGGUUUAGAAUUUUUUGAAUUAGUGAAAACAUUUAUAAAGCGAUCCAAAAAUUCAAUUUCGAAUUAUUUAGUAGAAUCUUAUGAUGAUUAUGUCUUAAAGACAGUAUUUUUAUGCACCCAAUAGUUAUAUCAAAAAAUUUAGCAAGAUCCUAUUUAUAAUAAUUAACAUAAGAAUUUAAUUAAAGUUAGAAAAUUAAUAACAAAUGCAUUAAGUAAAUUUAAUAAAGAUAAAUUCUUAUUAUUAAGUGAUCAUAAUCUAAAAAUAUACUAAUAUUAAAAGAAUGCAAUUUAUGAUUUAUAUUUUAUUGAUUUUAAAGUACAUCAUAGAUAGAGUAAUUAUAAUGAUUUUUUUGAUUUCAGAUACUAUUAAAAUUAAAUGAAUUAAGGAUACAGUGAAAUAGAAAAUAUGUUUAAAGAGAAGCAUUUUAAGAAAUCAAGGAAAAAAUAAAAUACUAGAGUGUAAAUUUAGAAGAGAAUAAAAAGGAUAUAAAUGACAUAUUUAUUUUUAAUAAUUUGAUUUUUGAAGAAUAAGAGACACCAUAAUUAAUGAUUUCUAAACUUAAGAAACAUUAAAAGGAAGCAUUAUUUUGGAUGCUUUAUAGAGAAGGAAGAAUAAAGGAUAAUAAAUUUUAAUAGAAGUAACGUUUGUCUCCAUUAUGGCAGGAGUAUAAAUUAUUAGGUGGUGAAUCAUUAUUUGUGAACAUGUUUACAGGUAAGGUAUCUAAAGAGAUAGUAGUACUUUAAGAAACUAAAGGUGGUAUUUUAGCAGAAGAAAUGUGUUUGGGAAAAACUUUAAUGGCUUUAGCAUUAAUUUUGGAAACUCUUAAUAAUGAGAAUUAAAUUCUUAUUGUUGUACCUAAAUCAGUAUUAAAAUAAUGGGAAAAUGAAAUUACUAUACAUUCUAAGCCAGAUAGUUGAAAAGUUUUAGUAUAGUAUAAAAAUAAAGACAGAAAGAACAAGUAAAUAGAUAUUAAGAGCUAUAAUAUUAUAUUAACUACUUAUGCAAUAUUGAGUAUAGAUUAUUAAAUUUGGAGUCAAAUUAAUAAUAUUAAUCUUGAAUAAGAUAGUGAAGCUAAUUAGACUGUUAAUUUUGCUGAAAGAAUUUAUUCUAAUGAACAAUCCAGUGAUUUCUCUCAUUCGAUUGAUAUAUAUGACAACAGUAGCUCUGAAGAUGAUUAAUAAAAUUAAUCUUCUAUUAAUCCUACAUAUUAAUUCUUAAAUGAGAAGAGAAAAAAAAGAAAGUUAAUAAAAAAAAGAAAUCAAAUUAUAAUAAAAGAUGGAGAAAAUUGAAAAAGAAAAGUAGAAAAAAUAAUUAAGUGAUGAAAAAUUAGAGAAAGCAAAAGAUCAUUUUAAUUUAUUUAAAUAAAAAUACCAUAGAGUUAUUUUAGAUGAAGCUCAUAAUAUUAAAACUAGAUAAACAUUACAAUCAAAAAGUGCUAAUGCUUUAGAGGCUGAUUAUAGGUGGUGCUUAACAGGUACUCCUAUGUAAAAUAAACAUGAUGAUUUAUUUGCUUUAAUUUAAUUUCUUAAAGUUGAAACUUUCUCUCAAUAGUAAUUUAAUUUAUUUGAUUUUUAGUUUUUGGUGGAAUACAUAUAUAAAUAAAGAAGAAAAUGAAGAAGAUUAAAUAAGAAUAUUAUCUUAAAUUUUAUAACCUAUUAUACUAAGGAGAACGAAAAAUUCUUAAAGAUUUGAUGGUUUAAAUUAAGUUGAAGAAGAAAUUUGCUGGGUGGAGCUAAAUGAAAAAGAAAAAAUACUCUAUUAAAAAUUAUUACAAGGUUCUUAAGAUAUAUUUAAACAUUUUACUAUUGGAAAGAAUAAUAAAUCUUAUGUUCAUAUCUUUUAAAUAAUUAAUAAAUUAAAAUUAGCAUGUAAUCACCCUCAAUUAGCCUUAAAAGAAAUUAAUUUAGAUAAAACACCAAUGGAAGAAAUUAUAACAAAAUUAAUUUAUUUUUUAAAAUUAAAUAAUAAAGUACAAAUAUGACAGAUUUAUACAAAAAAUCAUUAAUUGAAAAUAUAAGAAAUGGAGACAUAUAAGAAUGUGAAAUUUGUAAAAAUGAUUAAAUUGANCUUUGAUCUAAAUCUUAGCUCUUUAUUAAACAGAUUCUUUGAGUUAUAUUUCUCAAUAUAAAAGCAAUUUUCUCCAUUUUUGGAAGAGAUUAAUCCAAUUAAUCAUGUAUUAUUUUAAAGAAUAGGUUUAGAAUUUUUGAAUUAGUGAAAACAUUUAUAAAGCGAUCCAAAAAUUCAAUUUAGAAUUAUUUAGUAGAAUCUUAUGAUGAUUAUGUCUUAAAGACAGUAUUUUUAUGCACCCAAUAGUUAUAUCAAAAAAUUUAGCAAGAUUCUAUUUAUAAUAAUUAACAUAAGAAUUUAAUUAAAGUUAGAAAAUUAAUAACAAAUGCAUUAAGUAAAUUUAAUAAAGAUAAAUACUUAUUAUUAAGUGAUCAUAAUCUAAAAAUAUACUAAUAUUAAAAGAAUGCAAUUUAUGAUUUAUAUUUUAUUGAUUUUAAAGUACAUAGUAGAUAGAAUAAUUAUAAUGAUUUUUUUGAUUUCAGAUACUAUUAAAAUUAAAUGAAUUAAGGAUAUAGUGAAAUAGAAAAUAUGUUUAAAGAGAAGCAUUUUAAGAAAUCAAGGAAAAAAUAAAAUACUAGAGUGUAAAUUUAGAAGAGAAUAAAAAGGAUAUAAAUGACAUAUUUAUUUUUAAUAAUUUGAUUUUUGAAGAAUAAGAGACACCAUAAUUAAUGAUUUCUAAACUUAAGAAACAUUAAAAGGAAGCAUUAUUUUGGAUGCUUUAUAGAGAAGGAAGAAUAAAGGAUAAUAAAUUUUAAUAGAAGUAACGUUUGUCUCCAUUAUGGCAGGAGUAUAAAUUAUUAGGUGGUGAAUCAUUAUUUGUGAACAUGUUUACAGGUAAGGUAUCUAAAGAGAUAGUAGUACUUUAAGAAACUAAAGGUGGUAUUUUAGCAGAAGAAAUGUGUUUGGGAAAAACUUUAAUGGCUUUAGCAUUAAUUUUGGAAACUCUUAAUAAUGAGAAUUAAAUUCUUAUUGUUGUACCUAAAUCAGUAUUAAAAUAAUGGGAAAAUGAAAUUACUAUACAUUCUAAGCCAGAUAGUUGAAAAGUUUUAGUAUAUUAUAAAAAUAAAGACAGAAAGAACAAGUAAAUAGAUAUUAAGAGCUAUAAUAUUAUAUUAACUACUUAUGCAAUAUUGAGUAUAGAUUAUUAAAUUUGGAGUCAAAUUAAUAAUAUUAAUCUUGAAUAAGAUAGUGAAGCUAAUUAGACUGUUAAUUUUGCUGAAAGAAUUUAUUCUAAUGAACAAUCCAGUGAUUUCUCUCAUUCGAUUGAUAUAUAUGACAACAGUAGCUCUGAAGAUGAUUAAUAAAAUUAAUCUUCUAUUAAUCCUACAUAUUAAUUCUUAAAUGAGAAGAGAAAAAAAAGAAAGUUAAUAAAAAAAAGAAAUCAAAUUAUAAUAAAAGAUGGAGAAAAUUGAAAAAGAAAAGUAGAAAAAAUAAUUAAGUGAUGAAAAAUUAGAGAAAGCAAAAGAUCAUUUUAAUUUAUUUAAAUAAAAAUACCAUAGAGUUAUUUUAGAUGAAGCUCAUAAUAUUAAAACUAGAUAAACAUUACAAUCAAAAAGUGCUAAUGCUUUAGAGGCUGAUUAUAGGUGGUGCUUAACAGGUACUCCUAUGUAAAAUAAACAUGAUGAUUUAUUUGCUUUAAUUUAAUUUCUUAAAGUUGAAACUUUCUCUCAAUAGUAAUUUAAUUUAUUUGAUUUUUAGUUUUUGGUGGAAUACAUAUAUAAAUAAAGAAGAAAAUGAAGAAGAUUAAAUAAGAAUAUUAUCUUAAAUUUUAUAACCUAUUAUACUAAGGAGAACGAAAAAUUCUUAAAGAUUUGAUGGUUUAAAUUAAGUUGAAGAAGAAAUUUGCUGGGUGGAGCUAAAUGAAAAAGAAAAAAUACUCUAUUAAAAAUUAUUACAAGGUUCUUAAGAUAUAUUUAAACAUUUUACUAUUGGAAAGAAUAAUAAAUCUUAUGUUCAUAUCUUUUAAAUAAUUAAUAAAUUAAAAUUAGCAUGUAAUCACCCUCAAUUAGCCUUAAAAGAAAUUAAUUUAGAUAAAACACCAAUGGAAGAAAUUAUAACAAAAUUAAUUUAUUUUUUAAAAUUAAAUAAUAAAGUACAAAUAUGACAGAUUUAUACAAAAAAUCAUUAAUUGAAAAUAUAAGAAAUGGAGACAUAUAAGAAUGUGAAAUUUGUAAAAAUGAUUAAAUUGACACAUUUUGUUUAUCAUCUUGUGGUCAUGUAUUCUGUCGAAAGUAAUCUAUAAAAUAAUAAUUAAAUAGAUGUUUUACUCAAAUUAUUAAUUAAUAGUCAUUGUGUCCAUAAUGCAGAAUGAAUUUAUCAAUUAAUGAUUUAAUCGAAAUCAAAAUUGAUAAUGAGACUGAAUCCGAGGAUUUAAAGACAUUGAAAUAUGGUAAUAGAAGGUCUUAAUAUUCACACAAUCAAUCGAUAUGA